GGGGUGGAGGGAGACAUCAGGGUGGAGUUUGUCUUCAGAUGAUGUCUGAAUGAAAACGCAAGUUUCUACACAUUCAAGAGAAACAGAGACUGAGAGCUUGACAGACGGCUGGAGAGACACUCACUUACUCAACAGAAGCCACAGUGUAAUCCCCACUUGGUUUGAUUAUGCCUUUAAAAACACUCCCAACCACAGCAAACGAGAGCAUCGCUGUACAAACUGAGGAGCAGAAAGUGGAUGUGUGGCACAAGCAUCAUGUUAAAGAUGAUGAGCCAGACUUUGAUGGGUGGAAAGAAACCAGAGCCCAGACAUCAUUAUCCAGAAACCUCACAUUUGCAUAUCACAAUCAGAAGGUAGUGGGUGUUUUCACCACUGAGGUCAUUCCAUUAGGGACCGUCUUCGGCCCACUGCUCGGACAACAUCUUCACCCUGAAGAUAUGCCUGCAAACAUCCACAGGAAACACAUCUGGAUGAUCUUCUUAGAGGGGCGAUUGCAUCACUUCCUGUCUUGUGAGAAUGAGAGUUGCAGCAACUGGAUGCGCUUUGUAAACUAUGCUUCGUCUCCUGGGCAACAGAAUCUUGCCGCAUUCCAAAUCGGAAUGCAGAUUUACUUCUAUGCCAUGAAGGUUCUAAUGCCGGGGGAGGAGCUACUGGUGGGGCGGAGCCUAGAACACGAGCAGCCAAUGAGCACCAGCCUCAGAACUGCCUGUCUAAAGCAAGCACCUCCCACACACUCUUCUUCUCAAGGUAAAGAUCAAGUGAGGAAGAGGAAGCGAGGUUACACGGUCACUGAGAUCCUGGAUCUGGAUCUCUGUACUGAUCAUCACACUGAAACUCCUCCAAACAAACCGUUUAGUGCUAUCAUGCAAACGAUAUAUAGAGAAAAAGUGACCAGAGACCUGCAGAAUCUAAAAUUACCUCUAUUUAAAAUGACUAAUGUCAUCUCUGAGGUCCCUUUGAACUUGAAAAUGGCCUCUAGUGUAGAAGAAGAUGUAUACACCUCAGCAAUCCCACAAUCCUCUAUGCCAAAGUAUAUAUGGUCUGUUAUUCAAUACGCGCCAUCACAUCAGCCAAUGGGAUUUGGCCAAACAACACCACACAUGUUCCAUAAAAUUCCACCAAUCCACAUGUAUCCAUCUCUCUUGCAUCAAACAUCCAAUGAGAAUCAUCUUUCAUUAGCAUUGACUAAUAGAGGCAACCCCAAAAUUAAAGUGACAGACUCCUCAAAGAGAGAAAAUAAUCCUAAAGGCUCCACAAAACAACUGUCAGACCUCAGUAAUGCAACCGAUCCAUCUCCGGCUGAAGGUUCCAGUGCUGAUGACAUCACACGCCAGAGAGACUCACCUGAGAUGGGCGUGGCUUCCUCAUGUGUCUCCGCCUCCACCUCCACCUGCCAAAAGCAACAGACUGUUGGUUGCAAGGCUUUACCGUAUCCAUUACAGAGACAGAAUGGAAAGAUCCAGUAUAAAUGUAACGUGUGCGAGAAGAACUUCAGUCAGCUGUCCAAUCUGAAGGUUCACCUGAGGGUUCACAGCGGUGAGAAACCAUACAUGUGCAAUAUCUGCAGAAAGAACUUUUCCCAGCUGGCUCACCUUCAAAAGCACAUUCAGGUUCAUACAGGAGAAAAACCAUAUGAAUGCCAUGUGUGUAGCAGGCGCUUCAGCAGCUGCAGUAACCUGAAGACUCACCUGCGGCUGCACUCGGGUGAACGGCCGUAUGUCUGUAAGCAGUGCCUCGCCAGCUUCACCCAGCACAUCCACCUGCAGCUGCACAGACGGCUUCAUGCCAGACCGCGCUCCCACUGCUGCCCGCAUUGCUCUCGCAGGUACACACACCUGUGCAGCCUGCAGAUCCACCUGCACCAGUUCUGCCCCGCCUCCAGCCUCACAGGCCCCGCCUCUCAGCUGUGCCGAGCCAAUGACGAGAUCGAGAGGUUUGAUCUGAGUGAAGGUGCAGCGAAGCUAGAGGCUGGCAUGGAGGCGGAGUCUAUAAAGAAGAUGUGUCACGUGAUCUGGGCACUUGCAGGUCGUCCAGCAGGGAGCAGCACAGGCCCAAACAAUCACACAUGAAUCUUCCAGUUCUGUUUCUCCAAAGGUUUGCAUUAAACAGGACGGUGAUCAGUAAAUUGUCUGAUAUUAUAUUAUUGAAUACAUUUGACACUUUGAUUUAGCAAGUAUUUGAUUUAGCAAGUAUGCAAACUGAUCUAAAAAUAACAGUAGACAUUUAUAAUGUAACAAAACAUAUGUUUCAAAUAAACGCUGUUCAUUUGAACUUUCUAUAAAUCAAAGAAUCCUGGAAAAAAAAAAACUAUCCACUGAUAAAUAAUGAGAAAUGUGUCUGGAGCAGCAAAUCAGCAUAUUAAAAUGAUUUCGGAAGGAUCAUAUGGCACUACAGACUGGAGUAAUGAUGCUAAAAAUACAGCUUUGCAUCACAGGAAUAAAUUACUUUUUUGAAAAUAUAUUCAAAUGGAGAACAGUUAUUUUAAAUCUUAACAACAUUUCACAAUAUUGUUUAUAUUGUAUUUCUGAUCACAUUAUUGAAGCCUCUGUGUGCUUAAAGACAUAGAAAUCUUACUGACCCAAAAAUUGAAUGAUAGCAUGUAAUAUAUGUUAUAUGAAUAACAUCUAUGUAAAUGCACAGUACUAAAUGUCGCAGUCUCUGGAUUUAUGUGUUAACUAAACCACUGGCAAAAGAUGUUAUAUAGCUUUUAGGGGAGCUAGGGGCUAGUUGUCACACUUGGUUUUAUUUUUGUUUUUCCAAUAUCAUCAUAUUUGUGUAAUAUCAUAUUUAUAUAAUAACACAGUAAAACCAAGCAAGCAUUCAGACAAAAGUCAGCUAUUGAAUGAAGUUAGAUUUGCUCAGGGCAAGAGUAUUUUCAUAAAUGACAAACUGCAGAAAACUGGAAUAAUUUAUAAUUGUACAUAAUGCAACUUAUUUUGCCUAAAACAGUGGCUUAAUACUUUUUAUGAUCUUUUUUUCCAGCUGUGUUAUUUCUUGAUUUUUUAAAAAUGUUUU